AAUGCGCAGUUGCGGUGCGCGUUAAUGAUCUACCGGAGGCGACGGUCGUGAGGUGGUGUCCUCUCGGGAUGGAAACGGUCGGAUGACAGCCAGCCACGGCACACGGCGUUCGUUUCGAACGAGAAGCUAUGCUGCACGCGAUUCGAACUGUUGCGCCGCGACGGUAGUGGUCGUCGACGCGUCGUGAGUAUCAGAGGUUUCACCCGAGUGCGCGACCGUUCCAGCAGCUCUCCCUGGGGUAACUAAUUCUAAUCUCGCCUAAUAAAAUUUGCGAUCGAUUAGCGCGAAAAAAAAAGAGAAGAAAAAAGAAACGAAAAGGAAAAGAAGAAAAGUUCAUUCGUCGUUCAUUCGUCGCGGACAGAGGAGAGCACGGUCCUUCAGCAUCACGCUUGGAAUAUUAACGCGGCACGUAUGUACAAAUAUGCAAGUAUGCGCGUGUACAUACGGUGAAAGUACGGGCUACAACGAGAACGAUGGCGGUGGUGCGUUGUAUCGUUUAGAAGUGCGCCCACGUUCGCCGUGCAAGAUCGAUAAACGGUCGAGUGUUACCUGAAACGAGCGUUCGCUUGCGCACAACGAACGAAACACUGAGCGUUCGGGAAAGAAAACGGUGCCAAUGACGAAAGCGACGACGCAACGUCGCUGAGCGAGUAUCGUGACGAAAACAUCGCGGCGGUACAGUUUAACGACCAUCCGCGUCGUCGACGAGACUCGAGACGCCGGUCCGCUUGUCGCCUGUGUGACAGUGAUAAUGACCGGCUGAUAACGCUGGUGGCAGCCCUUCCUGCGAAUCUUCGGCGGAACACCGAAGCAUGAGAGCGUCGAGUUACACGCGCGUAGGUAUUGUUUGUCGCCGCAACGGCAUAAACGAGACGCUCGACGAUUCCAAUUGUACGCGUCCGUUCGUUCGCAUUUCCAGUUGCUUUCCCAUCGGCCGGUCGGAAAGCGUCUCCUGUUACAUAAUUCGACUAAUUUCUCAUGCGUGACACAUGAGACACAGCAGCCACGGGAACAACGAAGAGGCGAAGAGACGGUCUUAACGGGAGGACGCGCGUCGAUUUCGAAAUUAAUUUCCAACUUCUGCUUCCCACGUAUCGGUCUUUUCUCUUCUUCCUUUCCCUCCCUUCGUUCGUUCACGAUGUCGAAGAAUGUUGGAUCGAUAUACGCUCGUGUGACAAUUACGGAUCAUGACGAUUCGAUGGUGCACGUCGGUUGAUCGUCUGCUGACUCUGGUUGCCCGUUCGCGAUAUUAUUGUGUCGCCCGAAUUAACGAGAAACGAAGUAAGAGUGGUGGUCUCUGGGAAAGUAUGGAGUGGCUUCUUGACGACACUUAAUUACUUAACAGGAUCGGACGAUGGAUCGUACCGGGUGAUCGAUUGUAUUAUGCGUAGUAUUAUGUCGAGGCACGAGUGUACUUGAUCGGGAUCGGGGUACCUGCUCAGUUGAAAGCGGAGCUGGAAUUUCAUUCCGAACGGGAGACAAAGGUAACGUCGAGGGCGUACAACAUGAUUUAAUUACGGACGAGGGAGAGAAGCGCGGAGAUAUAACGUUGCAACGUACACCUGUGGUCGACCGACAGAGAAAGAGGUGCCCGCGAGGGGGAGGGGGGAGGGGAGACGUGGACACGGAAAGGGAAAAGUAUAUAGUAUAUACUAGCAGAGAGAACAGAGGAAGGGGAAGAAAGAAGCCCCAAUAAUGAAGGAGCACGGAAGCAAACUUCCGGCGGAGCAGCCUGCGAAAAUUCUCAAGUCCUUGUUGAAAAAGCCUGGCCAAUCGAAGGCGAGAUCGCAGAAAAACCGGGUGGUCAUCAACGAGAAGCUGAACGAGUUUUUCGCCGCUGAUUACAUAAUACUGAUAAAGGAGGAAUGUUGCGCCGAUUACGAGGAGGAUUGCGACUGUUGCUGCCAGGAGCACGAGCUGAUGCGUCUCGGCAACUGUAAGGAAUGCCGGGCCGAGUUGAAUCUUCAUUUCGGCGUCCCGGACAACAAUCGAUACCACGAUAUAGAGAGGGACGGUGAAAUGAUACACGAGAACACGUUCAGAGAGGAGAGCUGCGCUCGCGAAGGAUUCGAGUGCGUCGAGUUACAUGUGGAGGACGAGGACGACGAGGAAUAUGAGAUCGAGGUGGAAGGAGAUGACGAAGAGAUCGAAGAGGGCGAGGAAGAGGAAGAGGAAGAAUUAGCGGUUGAAGAGGAUAUUAAAGAGGAUGUCGCGAGAAGGAAGGAGCGCGUUGCGACGCAGAAAGGGCUCCAGGCGCGAAAGAGCGUGGUGGAAACGGAUGAGAGAAAAUCGAACGUCGACGAGCAAGUGGUGGGGAAAGUGGGAAACUCGGCUGAUCUACGAGACAAGGUGAAAAGUCGCGACAGAGUGGACGGGCCGAAGGACGUCGAGAGUCACAAGCGAGUUCCAAGCGAAUUCGCUUCGCCGCCAUUGACGAUCGUAUCGUCUACGUUGUCUUCACCCUCGCCACCUCCUCCGCCGCCACUACCACCGCCGCCGCCGCCGCCACCUCCACCACCGCCGCCGCCACCACCACCUCCACCGCCGUCACAAUCAUCGAUAGAAAGACCGCCGUUGCUUUCAAGGCAAGAUCAUCAACAAGAGACACUGAGCCCACCGGAAGGUUACAAGGAUGUUUAUUCCAACGGGGAACUUCCCAACGUAGCAGAGUGUUGCUUACGAUCGUCGUUGGAUUACCUUCGAACGACAGGUACAGAGAUCGAAGGAGAAUCCCGAUGCAACCAUGGAUUAAUAGAAAGUAGCAACGGGAAUGUGCAAAAAACAGACCAACAACUGCCAAAAGGAACUAACAAUGAAUCCCGUCACCGGUAUCUCGUCGAAACGAUAACUAUGACAACCGUCACCGAACGACGUAUCGUGCGCGAGAUCAGCGAGGAAGAGGAUAUCGAUUUGCAACAGGGGAAGAAAGCUAGCCGGAAAAACGUUUGCGAGAAGAACGUUGCUUCCCAUGGCGCGGAAACAACGAUCAAUCGGCCGACAAACAACCACGUCACUACGGACGACAACGACUCCGUCGAAUGUGUCGUGGGCAGCGAAGAUGUUUGUUGCCGUAAGGACGAACUGGAUACCCAGUCGAGUUUGCCUAAGAAAACGACUAACGACACGGAAGAACGCGACAACGAAAACCGACUUGCGGUAAAUCAAACGUCGUCCGACAUAAAGGAGCUUUCUCUUGUAUUCAAGCUGGGUAAUUCUUCUCUGACGGGUAAUAGCCUUAAGCCGAAUUCCGCAGUUAGACAAUUGUUUCCCAAUCCAAAAUUCGUCUCACCGCCCCCCGCCCCUCUCGGUAAACUGAUUUCAUCGGCGCACGCUCUGGACGAGGAACAGGAUACCUCGGCGUUUCUCGUCACCGCCGAGAACUUGCGUUUCCUCGACGUCGCGAACAGAUCGAAAAUUUCCGACGGUCAAGCCUCUCUCAACGACGACUCCAUGAAUCCAAUUCGGAGAACGAUCGAGAGGAACACCCUUCGAAGAAGCCUCCUCGACAAAUAUCGUACGAAUUCGCGAAAGAAGGGUCAUCCAUCGAAGAACUUGUCGCUGGAGGAGCGUAUACGUCAGCUCACCUGCGUGGACCAAGAGGAAGAGGACGUUUGUCAAAAUUCGAGCAAGGAUGUCACGGAUUCGUUCACAAGUACGGAAAUCGACGACGAACUGUCGAUACAUACUCCGUUAUCGACGCAUGAGGAAACUGGGUUCGGUGUAUCCUCGACGGAGGCCACGUACAUUCAUAAUUCAACCAGUGUCGAUGACAUGUCAACGGUAGCUGCGUUACCAGCUAACAUACAUGCCGGUACGAAAUUCGCCGCGUUCUCGGACGCAGCAACCAUGACGACCACCAUAAUCACCAACGCUACCGCUACGUUAACAACCACGGCGAUGCCAACGACAAUGCUCACGUCUUCGAGCUUGUCGUCAGUGAUAACCACGGUAGGAAUGACAACCACGACCAUGACCACAACGGUCACAGGUUCUAAUUACUAUAAGCAAAAUCCUUCUGCUACCACUACCAGUACCGCAGCCCCUGAUAGCAUACACAGUCAAUCGACGUACAAGAAACUGACUGAUUUGUUCGUACAUAAACGAAGUGUUCAUUCAAACUUGCCGGAUCUCGGUCUCGGAAAUAACGGGAAGAACAACAAUACAGUAAAAGAUGGUCAUCAAUCGAAAAACACGUUGAAAGCUAACAAUUCCGACGGGCGUAGGCAAUUCCUAGCCAGCCUUGCGCCGUUGUCCUGCGUAACUGUUAACAACGCGGAUCAAGAGGAUUAUUAUCGAUACAACUCUAGAAUAAUGGUGAACGAAAAUCGCGGUUCGACGGUAGGCUACAACGCGUUCUCGCCUUACAGUCUGGAAGACAUCGAGGCGGCGCUUUGCGAGGACGAUCGAAAUUACGUGGGUCCACCGGAUGUUACCAAAGGCACGCCAACGGGCAUUAACAACAAACCCGACAUAGGCGAUAGCACGACCGACGAGUUGCUAGCAUUUGUAGAACAGGACAAGUUCAGGACCGAGAGACUAAAGCGGCGUUACAACGAGGUCGAGAAUCAGUAUCAGCCGAUGAUAAAUAUUGCCAGUACUAACAAUAGCUAUAACGUAGAGAAUAAAAUUGAUAGAAUCGUGGAUGGAAAGAGCGAGGGUAACGAUAAUCGGCACCUACUGUGUUUCGCACACAAUGAGAACGUCAGUCGUGCUGGUAGUGGUAGUGGUAGUAAUGGUAGUGGUGGUGGUGCUGGUGGUGUUGGUGGGUGUAGUGAGGUACAAUGCAUGGUCAAUCGUCGUUACAGUAACAAUAACAACAACAACAACAACAACAACAAUAGCAGCAGUAACGGCAACAACGACGGUGGAAGUAACGACGUUGGUAGCGCGGACAACGACGACGACGAAUUAAACGAUUAUGGAUUUAAUCGUAGACCAUCGGUAACUGGCAUCAAACGGCAACAGCAGGACAGCAUCGACGAGAACACAGGCUCGUUUCACCAACGGACGGUUUUGGAAAACGACAACACGAACGUUCUCAGAACGAGCUUCCAUUCUUCGUUACCGACGUAUUACGAGAACAACUGCGUCAACGUUGAUAGCCGAAUCGCAUUGUACGACGAGACGAUGGACGGUUCUACGUCGAACUCGUACGUCGGUACGUUGGUCGCCGACGAGCAAGAUGCGAACACGAUUAACAGAAUAAAUACGAUGCAGAAGCAGAUCGACGACAUCUAUCAAACUAUCGUUGAGAAUACCAACGUUACUGCUCAAAACUCGUUGGAUCGCGAACCGUAUACGGACGACCUGUACGCGCGACAACAUCCUCGAUCAUCGGCGAGCGACGGCACUUUUCGUUUUUAUCAAGAUCCAAGGAACGGGCAACAGUAUUUCCAAGAGCAAUUGAACGUUGCGAAUACGCGAACUGUUCGAGGUGUCGCGACCGGAGCCGAAGAGACUGAUAUGAACAAUAUCGCUCCCGUUGGUAUCGGUAGAAAUUGUCCAACCGGCGGCCCUUCGGUGAAAGCUCGACGUAGGGAACCUAUCGUAACGACUCCUACCAAUUAUCGGUGUAACAUAGUGCCUACGACCGUUUAUACCGGACUCCCUGCUAAUGGCAAGUGUUACCGAACCAUGUACUUCGUUCCGUACAACGGACUGUCCGACCCAACUUACCAGAAUAUUCAACGCAUUCUGCCAUCGCAUCCUUCUCCCAGUUACGCGAAUCACAUCGAGAGGUACCCGUAUCCUCGAUCCAACAAGAACGAUCAUCGAUUGCAAACGCAAACGCAAACGCAAACGCAAACGCAGCCGCAACCGCAGCCACAGCUGCAGCAGCAGCCGCAACCGCCAACGCCGCAACAAUUUCGAUAUUUCCAUUUGGGAAAUCGUUCGGUAUCGCCGAUAUCGAGUCUUACUCAAAAUCUUGAUCACGCUUCGCCACUGCCUGCCGGUUCCAUCAGUCACCCUGUACCACCUGGUUCCACCUCUCCCCUCUUUGAUUCCCGGCUCACGUCCAUCUCGUCGCCGAGUCCAAUCGCGUUACCGCCCGCCCAACAGACCUUGCACCUUCAUUUGCACCAUCAUCAGCAACCGGACGACUUUCGUAUUUCCGGCGUCACGUUCUCCUCGGUUCCUCAUUCCGCCAAUCACUCGUUGCAGCUCCAUCAUCACGCGCAACAUCAGCAUCAUCCGUAUCAUCGACACAAUCACCAGCCUGCCUUCUAUUGCUUACCAUCGACCAUAUCCGCUUCGUCCGUAGCAUCUUCCUCGUCGUCAUCUUACACCGUGAUAGCACCAUCGAGAUGCGCCACGUUCAAUGGCAGCGGAAUGGCGACCACCGAAGGAUCUUAUCGAUUCUACCAAGUACACUUGGGACACACGGUUCUCACCACACCUUCGUCCGACGUUCAGUCGGCUCAAACAUUUUUGUCAUCCGCCUCGUCCGCCUCUAUUUCGGUACCCUCGAACUCCGCCUCGUUCUCUCCUUCACUGCCACAAUCAUCUUCUAUCUCGUCAUCCUCUUCUCUGCCAUCCACCUUUUCUUCUCUACCAACUGUCACCCCCCAACCUGUUACGCCUCAGCAGAAUCCCAAUUUCAUUCUUUCGAAUCACAUGCCCGAUCCUAUACAUUGCAGCAGUGCCAACUUCGACGCCGUAUGUCGCGCAGCAACUGUUCAGCCCGUUCCUAACAACGUUGUAUCUUCUACACCGUCCACCGUUACCGUUUUCUCUUCCUCCGCUUCCUGCGCUCCGUCCUCCUCUCUGUCAUCGUCUUCCUCCUCUUCGACAUCGGUCUCGUCCUCCUCUUCCUCCUCUUCCUCCUCUUCUUCGUCUUGUUCCUUCUCCUCGUCAUCGUCCUCUUCGUCCUCGUCUUGCUCCUCCUCAUCCUCCCUGCAAAUCCCCUGCUCGCCUUCGAAAUUACACCAGCAACAGAUAAUUGGCAACUACACGACGAUGGAACGAGGAGUUCCCGAAGGAGCGGCCAGCGCACCGUCCCAUGACGUAUCGCAGCCCGGAAUUUUGCUUACGACGAAUUCUUACGUCGCGCAUAAUUCGAACGGUGUACAGGCUUUGCCAGCGCACGCGCAAAAUUCGAUAUAUUACGCCAUGAACGUUUAAAUCCGUUUAGUGAAAAGUCUGCGCGUGUUUGGUAUAAGUGCUCGACGCGCAGUAACAGAAACAUAAACCGCAGUUGUUGUUGAUGCAUAUGAAAUCUCGGUUUUUUUGCAUGAAACUUUAAGAGCAUGUAGUUCCUUCGCGAUAUCCUGUAUUUAAUUGAAACAAUUUCCAUGUAAUUUAAUGUUUUUUUUAACGGUUGUAUUAAUAUUACACUAGUCCAGAUUCUCGAAUUUAAAAAUUCACAGAUUGAAAUUGUUAAAGGUUGUUUUUCAGAGGUUUCAAAUUUAUGUCUCGGGCAAAUAACAUAACGCUUUUCUUUACACAGGGUUUAUUUUUGUUAUAACUUCUUAAUGAAGCAUUCAUAAAGUUUCUGACAUUUUAAUUUUAAUUUUACCUAUAUAAACGUAAUGACAACUUGAACUUUGAACUUUUGGAUAUCCUGUGUAAGAAAAUUAAACAAAUAUUCUGAUUACUCAUGGUAAUUAAUAAUAAGAUUCUGAUAUCCCUGUUGCAUAUUUACAGAUUUCCUUGAAUCACAUUGAAUUAUACAUGGUUCAUUGUUAAUUUUCUGUUUCUUCAUCUGACCAGAAGAUAAAAUUUAAUUGAUGAUUCGUCAGAAGCUCCAAAUAAACGACAUUUCAUAUGCACCAAUCUGAUAAUAACACAGUAACUCUUUUGUCAACAUUUUAACGGAAUUGUUCCCACGUGAUAAACGAAUUUUUAGACUUGACGUAUGUAAGUACGUGAAACACGUUGUUUCAAUAUCAAAACAUAGCCGUUCGUUCCCCUUGACUAAUUUUCCAUCGACUUUAUCCAUCUAAUUAUCAGAAAUAUUCAUGUAGAAUCUAAGGCACGCAGGUGGACGAACUGCCUUCUCUCGUCAUAUUUUCAAUCGAAUUGAAAUCUGAAUUUAAUGCGAACUACGCGAGAAACAAGAAAAAGAAAACCAACUCAGGGUCUGUAAUUCCGAAAGAUAAAUUAUGUUUUGUCGCUUAUCACGAGGCAAGAUUGUACGUACACGUUGUAAUCGAUUCUAGUCACGGCGAAAUACUUACAGGGAUACCGAUAAACAUAAACCAAAGGACGUUUACAGCGUUUAUGUGUACAUGUAAGUAUAGCUGACGCUAAUUAUUUUCAACAGAAUUGAAUUGAGUCUUUGCGGUGGAAUUGAUAAAUGAAUUAGAAAUUUUAUAGUGAAAAGAAAAAAGAAAAAAAAAAAAAAAGAAAAAAAGAAAAGGAAAGGUGCGAAACAUGCAGUAGAAAUACAGCUACAGCUAGUACACUUGAACUAACGUGAUAUUUAACAUACUACGUUGUUUCGUUAUAUUUUUUUAGAUACAUUACAUUAUACGUAUUACAGACUGAUAGAAAUACGAUGGUGAAAACGAUCAUGAAAUUCGUAAACGAUCGAAUGUAUUUUAACUUUUUUACGAUAUUUUUGAACAAUCGGGUUUCGUAAUUUACGUUCGUAUGUGCCGCGUUCGUUACUCUACCUCUUCCGUUUCCUUCGAUCUCCGUAUUUUUAUCCGUUUCAUACUUGCGAGAGAAAGACUAAUCCGCGAGGAGAAUUUAUUAAUGUCAGAAGUGAUACAACGAAGAUAACGUUGAAACCAUAGGCGACACUUUGCUAAUAGAGAUUUACGUAUAUUUUUUAUACUGUAUUCAGAAAAAAAAAAAAAAAAAAAAAACA